UCCUUCCUCUCUCUCUGGAAGGCUGAGCAGAGGUGCCUGUUUGCUCAGGGCAUGGGCACCACACCUGUGAUUGCUGCCUCUGAAUCCUGUGGGGGCAGGAAGCCCACAGGACUGUCCCUCUGACUGUGCGGACCGUCCCUGUGCAUAUUUGGGUGAUGUUGGACUCAGUGACACACAGUACCUUCCUGCCCAACACGUCCUUCUGCGACCCCCUGAUGUCGUGGACUGAUCUGUUCAGCAAUGAAGAGUAUUAUCCCGCCUUUGAGCAUCAGACAGCCUGCGACUCCUACUGGACGUCCGUCCACCCCGAGUACUGGACCAAGCGCCACGUCUGGGAAUGGCUCCAGUUCUGCUGUGACCAGUACAAGCUGGAUGCCAACUGCAUUUCCUUCUGCCACUUCAACAUCAGCGGCCCGCAGCUGUGCAGCAUGACUCAGGAGGAGUUCACCGAGGCGGCCGGCCUCUGUGGGGAGUACCUCUACUUCAUCCUCCAGAACAUCCGCUCGCAAGGUUACUCCUUCUUUAAUGACACAGAAGAGACCAAGGCCGCCAUCAAAGACUAUGCCGAUUCCAACUGUUUGAAAACCAGUGGCACCAAAAGUCAAGACUGUCACAGUCAUAGUCGAACGAGCCUCCAAAGUUCUCAUCUAUGGGAAUUUGUGCGAGACCUGCUUCUAUCUCCUGAGGAAAACUGUGGCAUUCUGGAAUGGGAAGAUAGGGAACAAGGUAUUUUUCGGGUGGUAAAAUCAGAAGCCCUGGCAAAGAUGUGGGGACAAAGGAAGAAAAAUGACAGAAUGACGUAUGAAAAGUUGAGCAGAGCCCUGAGGUACUACUACAAAACGGGAAUUCUGGAACGAGUCGACCGGAGGCUAGUGUACAAAUUUGGCAAAAAUGCACACGGGUGGCAGGAAGACAAGCUAUGAUCUGCUCGGUUUUACGGAUCUCUGUCUUCUAAAACAAUCGGAUCACCAGAGACGUUGCAAAGUCUUUUUGUUGUUGUCAACCUGCAAAUGUGCUGAUAAAAUUUCUCCACCUGUCAGCUUACAUUUGGAUUCAGAGUUGUUGUCAUCUGCGUGGGGACAGCGGCAGCAGCUCUUAAGAAAUUCCUUUUUUUUUUUUUCCUUACCCAAGGGGGAGGAGGGGGUGAUCUUUCGCAGUACCUUGAUGAAACAUUACUUCCCGAAUCAAGAGUUGCAGACACACAAUAGCCCAUGCUAUUGGUGCUAUUCGGAGGAAAGGAUCCAGUUCUGCCACUGGAGACUCGUCCAAUGCUCCCGUUCGAAAGGCUCAGAAGUUUUCACAUUUUUAACCGUGGCAGCUCACAAAGGAAAAGCAGUUAGUAUAGUGGGAGGGGAUGAGACGUAGGUGAGACAAACAUACUGUAGAUUUUAAGUCGUUCACGUCAAAUGCCAUAGAAAAGUUUCUUAAUUAAUAAAGGAGCUAAUCCAUCAAGCUGGGACGUGACUGGAUUUAGCAUGGGUUAAUAGUAAGUUUCUGAACCAGAGCAUCUCUUGCGCCGCUCAGCAAAACUCCCAUGGCCAUCUUUCUAGAGCAACACACUUAAAAUUAGGCACAUUAUUUACUCCUGCUGAGUUUAUUCCCCCUCUUCUCCUCCUGGUGGGGGGCAGCCAAGUUAAUCAACAGAUACUUGUACCGAUUUCCAAAUCACCGCUGUUUCUGAUUCCAGCUGUCAGUGCCACUAAAUUGUAACUCGUUGAUUCCGUCAGUGGCCAAGGCGUUAAACCUAUUUAUAGACCCGGCAGUGCCCUGACCACUCUGUAAUGGCCGAUUAAAUGUAUAAGCCUCUUUUGUUUUGUCUUCCUGGCAUGUACUCAAGCUCUAAAACACAUUUCCUUGACAAAAGUAGCGAGAGUGAAUUUAUACCAGUAAAUGUUCACAGGUUUGAGUCUGCACUGACAUCUUCUCAUUACUCACGGGGCGAGGGGGGGGGGGGGGGGGGGCCAUUAGUGACCUACAAUGAGGUGGCCUGCCCCAGGACUGCUUCUCCACCCGAGCAGGGAUUUCCAUGUGACAAGGCACUGAAACAGGAAACAGGCUGGGGACCUCCGUGCGUAGAGUUUAACUUCAAAAGCAACGUGUUUUAAAAAAAUGUGAAUUACUGUAAAAUAAUCUAUUUUUGGAUUCACGUGUUUUCCAGGUGGAUAUAGUUUGUAAACAAUGUGAAUAAAAUAUUUAACGUGUU